UUCUGGUUGUGCAACCUUGGAAAAGGUUCGUGGCAGUACAUGCAGUUGCUUCAGACCUUUCAACUCCAUUUGUUCUUUCUUUCCUUGGGCCAAGAGUAAGGGAGACUUUGCAUCGUAUCUGCAAGGAUGCCUUCCUUCUUCACCUUUAACCCCGAUUUUAAACUGCCUUGACUGAAGUAUAAAACCAUCAGCUGUAUCCCUUGUCAUCUACACCGUCCCAUUCCAACAGAGAAGAACAUCAAGAAUCCCCGGAGAAAGCUUCUCACAAGUUGCAGUAAGGAAUCAUGGGUGUUCUUGGUGCCCUUGCCAGGCAUUUGGAUUCUCUUGUUGGGCCUGGAAUCAUGCUGCUUUAUCCGCUAUACGCGUCGAUGCGUGCGAUCGAGAGCCCCUCUUCCCUGGAUGAUCAGCAGUGGCUCACCUACUGGGUCUUGUACUCCCUGAUCACCCUCUUUGAGCUCUCAUGUUGGAAGGCUCUCCAGUGGCUGCCUCUGUGGCCAUACAUGAAGCUCCUCUUCUGCUGCUGGCUGGUGCUGCCAAUCUUCAACGGCGCGGCCUACAUCUACGAGACGCACGUCCGGCGCUACUUCAAGAUCGGCCAGUACGUGAGCCCCGCCUACAAUGAGAGGCAGAGGAAGGUGCUGCAGAUGAUGAGCCUUGACGCCCGCAAGUCCGUCGAGCGAUUCAUCGAGACGCAUGGGCCCGGUGCCUUGGAGAAGAUCAUCCAGGCGGCCGAACAGGAAGCCAAGAGAGCCUAGUUUAGCUUGUGGUGAAAGUAAAAGGCAUUCUUUCAAUUGGGGGAAACGAAUGGAAAUGGCUGCCGUGUGUUGUGGUUAAUGUGCUUGAGCAGUUGUAAUCCUUGUGCCGUGUGCGUGUGAUUAGUCGGCUUGCUGGGCUUGGGAAGAUACCUUGCUGCAGAUAUGUGAGAGUUGACACAACGCAUCAGACUACAUACUUGGUGUACAGUACAAUCAUGUGAAAAUGCUUCUUAUCUGACAGAUCAAACCAGUCUAUGAAU